AUGGAUGCCCGGCUGUCUUUCUCCAGGUACCGGCUGCUGGUGCUGCUCUGCGCGGUCGCUGCCCUGUCGGGGACCCGGAGUCCCGCUGCUGCCGCGGGGAGGAGCUGCUCCGACACCCGGCAGGUGUACGCGGAGAAGGGCUACAGCACCGGCACCGCUCCGCUGACUCAAAUCUCCGGUGAACACCUGCGGCUCUGUCCUCAGGACUACACCUGCUGCUCCAGUCAGAUGGAGGAGACGUUGGCCCUCCAGAGCGAGAGGGACUUUCUCAAAGCCAUUGAAGACAACAGCCAGUUUCUCCUGACCACCUUCACGCAGAGACACCGCAGGUUUGAUGAGUUUUUCAGAGAGCUUAUAGACCUCUCGGAGAAGUCUAUGAACCAGAUGUUUACCAAGACCUACGGCCGGCUCUUCACUCAGAACGCACACGUCUUCCAGGAGCUGUUCGUGGAGCUUCGCAGAUAUUAUUCUGGCGGCAGUGUAAGUCUGACUGAGGUUCUCUCAGAUUUCUGGUCCCGACUGGUGGAGCGGGUCUUUUCUCUGGUCAACCCUCAGUAUCAGUUCAGCGAAGACUACCUGGAAUGUGUCAGCAAACACGCCGAGCAGCUGCAGCCGUUUGGGGAUGUGCCGCGCAAACUACGCGUACAAGUGUCGAGGGCCUUUAUUGCAGCCAGAGCACUGUCUCAGGGUUUGGCUACUGGUCGGGAUAUUGUGAAUAAAGCAACAAAGCUGACUGCAGAUUCGGAGUGUGUGCGUGGCCUGAUGCGGCAGUGGUAUUGCCCUCUGUGUCGAGGCAUGCCCUCCCUGCGGCCCUGCCACUCCCUGUGCCUUAACGUGAUGAAGGGCUGCUUGGCCAAUCAGGCUGACCUGGACACCGAAUGGAACAAUUUCAUUGAUGCUCUGUACCAGGUUUCAGAGAAGUUGGAGGGGCCGUUCAACAUGGAGCUCGCAGCCGACUCCAUCUCUGUGAAAGUGUCAGAGGCCAUUAUGCACAUGCAGGAAAACAGCGUCGGCAUCUCUAGUAAGGUAUUCCAAGGUUGUGGAAACCCCCGGCCCGCUCCAGCGAGGUCCAAGCGUUCACCCAAAGAGUCCGGGGGCAACAGGAGGCCCUUCCGCACCUACACACCUGAAGAGAAACCCACCACUGCUGCAGGCACCAACCUGGACCGACUGGUUACUGAGCUGAAGGAGCGACUGCGGCCCAUGCGGGGCUUCUGGGUGUCCCUCCCACACACCAUCUGCAACGACGAGAAGAUGGCGGCUGACGUCACUAAUGAGGACCGCUGCUGGAACGGGCAGACCCGGGGGAGGUACCUGCCGGAUGUGACAGGUGACGGGCUGGUCAGCCAGAUCAACAACCCUGAGGUGGAGGUGGACAUCGCCCGUCCAGAUGUGAGGACCAGGCAGCUGAUCAUGGAGCUGAGGGUGGUGACCAACAAACUGAGGCAUGCUCAGAGCGGACAGGACACAGACUUUGUGGACAGUGAGGAGGGCAGUGGCUCUGGGGGCGGGGAUCAUGGAGAAAGGUACAAUGAUGACUGGCCAGGUUAUGGGCCUUACUCUCCACCCUACAGCAAACCCCCACGAAACCCCGCAACCAACCCCGCAAAGCCUCCUCGAAGCCGAGACAGAAACGGGUCCAAGUGGAACAGAAACAACGGCCACGGACGGGUCCGAUCUGCAGCCAGUCUGCUCUCCUUCCCUCUAGUUCCUUUGUUGUCUCUGCCCUUCUUGGUCACUGUUGCCCCCAUGUGGAGAUAG